AUGUGUUCAUUCCAUUCAUUAAAGAAUAUACCCAGCGAACAGAAUCAAUAUAGAAGUCGCGCCAAUUAUGCCAAUUAUGAAAAGGAAUGCAACGAGUCUAUACUGGAUUACUUAAUGGCUCAGGACAUUGAUGAGCUUGUUAAUAUUGCUAGACGAUAUACAAAGAAUUGGCGUAACGUUGUUGUUGAUAUACUUGAUAAAAAUUUGCAAGGUAGAGAAUUUAUUGUUAUCGAUUUAACUAGAGCAAAAGAAGACGCUUUAUAUCUUCGUAAGGGAUGGGACCAGCCCCUUGAUCUUUCUAUCUAA